UGAGUCUACGCUACAUGUCAGUUGGCAUUGUUGCUCGCUCCGAGAAACGGUGUUUAUCUAUCACAUGGCGCGCGAGGAUCCGGUGGUCACUGUGAAACAGGGCCGACUACGUGGCACCGUCCAGGAGAACGUUUAUGGCGGACAGUUCCUCGCAUUCCGCGGUGUACCGUUUGCGAAACCGCCAAUCGGUCCGCUCAGGUUCAAGGAUCCCGAGCCAGCGGAACCAUGGACCGGAAUAAAAGACGCCACAGAAUACGGCAACUGGUGUAGCCAAAUGGAUAUAUUUACACGUGAAUUCAUCGGUGACGACGACUGCCUUUAUCUGAACGUUUACACGCCGACGACCGAAGUAACCUCGAAGCGUGCGGUGAUGGUAUGGAUCCACGGAGGAGGAUUCGUCAAUGGGUCCGGCGACAACACUUUUUAUGGGCCCGAUUAUCUCAUCCGCAAGGACAUUGUCCUGGUCACGAUUAAUUACAGGCUGGGGAUCUUCGGAUUUCUGGACCUAGACGACGAAGUAGCACCUGGCAAUCAAGGCUUGAAGGAUCAAGUACUGGCGCUGAAAUGGGUUCAGGAAAAUAUCUCGAGCUUCGGCGGGGAUCCCAACAACGUUACGAUAUUCGGAGAAAGCGCUGGUGGCGCUUCUGUGCAUUAUUUAUGCAUAUCUCCACUGGCUCAAGGACUGUUCCACAAGGCAAUAGCGCAGAGUGGAGUGUCAGUGAAUCCUUGGGCCAUCAACACCAGGGACACAAAGGAAUUCGCUUUCCAGUUAGCCGCUGAUCGCGGCCUGGAGACGAAAGACCCUGUGGCCCUGGUCGAGUUCCUCAGGACGAUCGACGCGAAAACGCUCGUCACUAUGCACUACAGUUCUAUGAACAAAGAGAAAAAUUUUCUAUUCUCCGGAUUAUUCAAGCCAAAUGUCGACAGAAAGUCUCCUACCCCGUUUAUGCCGCAGCAUCCAGCAAUCAUAAUGAAAGCGGGAGUGAAAGUGCCCUUAUUGAUAGGCCACAAUAGCAAUGAAGGAAGCCUCUUCUUAAGCAGCGUUUUAUAUUCAGAUAUUGAGAAAGUACUGCAAAAAGUCAACGCCAACUUUGAUGAUAUCGUGCAUCCGGAGACGGAGGCCGCGAUGAAAAAGGACGAUAUUUCCAGCGCGGAUUUACGGAACAUCUACUUCGGCGACAAACCGAUUACCAAAGAGACCCAACAGAACUACGCUGAUUACAUGAGCGAUAUGAUGUUCACUCAAGGAAUUUACGAUGUGCUCAGAAUUCAAAUGGAGAAGAGCACCCCCACAUAUUUUUAUAAGUUCACCUUUGAACCCGAGAUUUCGUUUAUGAAACAGAAGUUCAAUAUUGAAGUAUCAGGAGCGUCGCACGCAGAAGAACUGAUGUUUAUGUUCUAUUCGAAAUUAUUGAAGCUUAUGCAAAUCAAUCCACCGGAACCCAAAAGUAGAGAUCACAAUGUUUUAGAGUACCUCACUCAGAUGUGGACCGACUUCGCGAAGACUGGAAAUCCAACUCCAAUGACCACGAACCAAAUCCCUGCGCUUUGGAAACCGCUCCAAAAAGGAGACGUGUAUAAUUACAUGAACAUCGGUGAGAAGUUACGCAUGGAAACCACGAAACGCGAAGAACAUACGUUCGAUUGGAUAAUGAUGAAGAACAAACUGUGAUAAUUGUUUUGUUACCAAAAUUGUUAUCUAUACACGCGUGUAUUUCUAAUACUGUUGUCUGUUCCAAUCAAGCGAUUAAUAUAUUUUGCAAAAGAAUUUUACAAGGCAGCAAUGCUAUUUCUAUGAAUCCAUGUUGUCUAGGCAUACCGAAGCUCAUUUUUCGUUUUCAAGAAGUAUAAGUUUCAAAUCGUGGAAACUAAUAUAAGUUUUAAAUUUAAAGAAUAUUUAUGUAUUUAUAUCCUUGGUUUGUUGGUUUAAUAAUGCAUUGUCCCUAAUGAUAAAUGGUUUUCAAGUUUCAUCUGAACUUCUAAGUCACUUGUAUACUGCUGUAAGC